GGGAGAAGGCCCGCAGAACCCGGAAGUAAACAUUCCCGGAUUGGCGUCGUUUGUGCCGGGGGAAGGCUUUGGAGUCGCCUGAGGCGGUGUUGGGAGGACUCCGCGCCACCCCCGUCGGAGGUCACCGGGCUGAACCCCAACGCGCUCGUGGCCCUCGGCUUCCACUCUACCUGGAGAAAGGGAGUCACCCCCCCACCCGGCCAGCGGGGUGUAACUUAAUAAAUAGAACUUGGUGCCUGCACUGCUUCAUUCCAUCUCGGUUUCGGAUUUGGAAGAGAAGGCCAGUUCAUCAUGUCAGCAGCCGCUGUGGAUGCAGCUAAUGCUGUGCCCUUGUCGGGGUCCAAAGAAAUGAGUUUGGAGGAACCAAAAAAAAUGACCCGAGAAGACUGGAGGAAGAAGAAGGAACUAGAGGAGCAGCGAAAACUGGGUAAUGCCCCUGCAGAAGUUGAUGAAGAAGGAAAAGAUAUCAACCCUCACAUUCCACAGUAUAUUUCUUCAGUUCCCUGGUAUAUUGAUCCAUCAAAAAGGCCUACUUUAAAGCAUCAGCGGCCACAGCCAGAGAAACAGAAACAGUUCAGUUCAUCCGGAGAAUGGUACAAAAGGGGUGUAAAGGAGAAUUCCAUAACUACUAAGUACCGCAAAGGAGCAUGUGAAAACUGCGGGGCCAUGACACACAAAAAGAAGGACUGCUUUGAGAGACCAAGGCGGGUCGGAGCCAAAUUCACAGGCACUAACAUCGCUCCAGAUGAACACAUCCAGCCCCAGCUCACGUUUGACUACGAUGGCAAGAGGGAUCGCUGGAACGGCUACAACCCAGAGGAGCACAUGAAAAUCGUGGAAGAGUAUGCCAAAGUCGAUCUGGCAAAACGCACAUUGAAAGCCCAAAAACUGCAAGAAGAAUUAGCCUCAGGAAAGCUGGUGGAACAAGCUAAUUCUCCAAAACACCAGUGGGGAGAAGAGGAACCAAAUUCUCAGAUGGAAAAAGAUCACAACAGUGAGGAUGAAGAUGAAGAUAAAUACGCUGAUGAUAUUGACAUGCCUGGGCAGAAUUUUGACUCCAAGAGACGCAUCACUGUCCGGAACCUCAGGAUUCGUGAAGAUAUUGCAAAAUAUUUGAGAAAUUUAGAUCCAAAUUCUGCCUACUAUGAUCCAAAAACAAGAGCUAUGAGAGAGAAUCCAUAUGCCAAUGCAGGAAAGAAUCCAGAUGAAGUGAGUUAUGCUGGAGAUAACUUCGUUAGAUACACAGGAGAUACCAUUUCAAUGGCUCAGACACAGUUGUUUGCUUGGGAGGCCUAUGACAAGGGAUCCGAGGUGCACCUGCAGGCCGACCCGACGAAGCUCGAGCUGCUGUAUAAGUCCUUCAAGGUCAAGAAGGAAGACUUCAAAGAGCAGCAGAAAGAAAGCAUCCUGGAGAAGUAUGGUGGCCAAGAACACCUGGAUGCUCCUCCAGCUGAAUUACUUUUAGCCCAGACAGAGGACUAUGUGGAGUACUCGAGACACGGAACUGUCAUUAAAGGACAGGAGCGGGCGGUUGCCUGCUCCAAGUAUGAGGAGGACGUGAAGAUCCAUAACCACACGCAUAUCUGGGGGUCUUACUGGAAGGAAGGCCGGUGGGGGUACAAAUGUUGCCACUCUUUCUUCAAGUAUUCCUAUUGUACUGGAGAAGCCGGGAAGGAGACUGUUAACUCCGAGGACUGUCCCGCAGCUGACGCCGCUGGGGAAGAAGCGCUGAAAAAGCCUCAGACCCUCAUGGAGAUGCAUCAGGAAAAACUCAAAGAAGAGAAGAAGAAGAAAAAGAAGAAGAAGAAGCAGCGGAGGAGCAGUUCGGACAGCGACGACGAGGAGAGGAAGCAGGAGAAACUGAAGAAGGCCCUGAAUGCCGAGGAGGCCCGCCUUCUGCACGUCAAGGAGAUCAUGCAGGUUGACGAGAGGAAGCGGCCUUACAACAGCGUAUAUGAGACACGGGAGCCCACCGAAGAGGAGAUGGAGGCCUACAGAAUGAAACGGCAGAGGCCCGAUGACCCCAUGGCCUCCUUUCUCGGGCAGUAGUAGCUACUCGGAGAAGGUGGCCUCCGACAGGAACAACCAGCGGGUUCUUUCUGCUUCUGGUAGUGACUCUAGAUAGGAACCCCUUGUCCACUCUUCCUGCUGCCUGUAAUAAAGCUUUCUCAAGUGUUAAAGGAAGACCAUUGUUUUCCACACUGAGGAAACAAAUGAUAUGCUAAUUGUGGAUGAAGUUUGGAAAUUAUAUAAUUUAAAUUAGUAGCUUGGAAAAACAUACUGGCUGUCUCCACAAGAGUGUCUUCUGAAGCCUGACUUGGUGGCUCAUGCCUGAGAUUCUAGCACUUUUAAGGAGGAUCAGGAGGUUGAGGCAGCCAGCUGUGGAGGUGCUUACCUCUAAUCCCACCAUUCACGAAAUGGAGGCAGGGCUGGAUAGAUGGCUUAAUGGUUAAGGCGUUUGCCUGCAAAGCCAAAGGACCCCAUUUAACUCCCCAGGACUCACCUAAGCCAGAUGUACAAGAGGGCCAUGCAUCUGAAGUUUGUUUGCAAUGGUUGGAGGUCCUGAGCGCCCAUUCUCUAUCUGCCUCUCCCUCUGUCUCAAAUAAAGUGGAGGCAAGAUAAUCCAGGAGUUUAAGACCAGCCCCUGCCUCAACUUACGUAGCUGAAUUUGAAACCAGCCUGGGCUACAUAAAACUUUGCUUCAAAAAAAAAGUUUGAGGCUAUCUUAUACAACAUAGCAAGAUCCUGUUAGGGGAAAAAAAAAACACUUCUAAUUUAAGUUGAGAAUUGCAGUUAUUUCACAUUUGUUUUUGCCUUCUAACAUUUUUCUGAUCUGAAGACAAAGUUUCUCUGCUGUAAAAGACACUGAAAAAGACCUUUGCAUGUAAAUAACUGUGACUACCCCAACCCGAAGUAAUUAAUGCAUGUUUUCAUGGGAUUGAUAAAUUCUGGGUUCUGAUGCAUUUCCUUAUACAUCCUUAUCCAGAAUUUGGAAAGUUACUUUGGAAAAAGUAACUUGUUUUGUUUUCUGUUUUGGUUUAGUUUGGUUUUCCAAAGUAGGGUCUCACUCUAGCCCUGGCUGAGCUGGAAUUCACUAUGUAGUCUCAGGGUGGCCUCGAACUCAUGAUGAUCCUCCUACCUCUCUCUGCCUCCUGAGGGCUGGGAUGAAAGGCGUGCACCACCACGUCCGGCUCCCCAACUUGUUUUUUCAUGUGUCAAUCAGCAUCGACUGAUCAGCACCAGAUAUUUUAUGUUGCUGAACAUGAAUUUUCAGACACAAAAAUAGAACUUACGUCAUUAUUUAUUAAUAAUGAAAGUCAUUGCACACUGAUGUUAAAAAGCUUAGAACAUCCACUUACUUAGUCUUUAUAGCCAGCAGGUGUCACUUUGUAAAAUUUGCAGAACAAGAAACCUGAAGUUGAAAGUUUCUUCAAAGAAUUGUAGAGUGUUGUAUUUACCACCUUUGUGUUGCUGGCUCAAAGAGCCCAACCAAAACCAGUGAUGGGGGGAAGUUUUUAUUUUGACUUACGAUCUCCAGAGGAAGCGUCAUGGUGGCAGGGGACACACGGUAUGAGCCGAGGGGACACCACCUCUGCCACAGCAGGUGCAAAGCAGAAGAGAGUGAGCCCAGCUCAGGCAAGGAGGAGCUGGCUGUAACACCCCUGAGCCCACCUCCAACAGGGCGCCUCCUCCAGCAAGGCUCCCCCACCCACAGAGAAAGCUACCAGCAGUCUUCCUAGGUGAGAUUGUUAGGAUAAGACUACUGUGAAUACAGUGCUGUUUCAGGGGUCAAGAUUUCUGUUUUUCUAUUCCUACUUUACCAUAGGAUGGCUCAACAUGAAGUCUGGUAUUGUUAACUCUUUUGUAUAUUAUUUGUUAAUAAAGAUGUAAUUGGGAA